CAGUAUAGAAUGGCUCAGCUGUACCUAUAUCGGGCACUGUGUAGUGACAAUUACAGUUUAGUUAGAAGUCGGAGAUGUCGUGUGUGUUUACGUAUGUAUAUAUAUCAAAUAAUUGGCGCUAGGUGAUCCACGGGGGGACGACAGUUCAUGUCUACCGCUCAUGUGUGUAACACUGGAAAUAUAUGUGGAAAUAUGGUGCGCGCACCGCAAGUUGUCAAGUUUGUUGUAUUCAAGCAUAUCAGCAGCAUCUAAGUAUUAGAAUCCGUCGUAAAAAUAGAAGAGGAAGUGUAACGCAGGCGGGUACAGAAGUUUCCUGCUAUUGGCAGCUGUGCGUCCUGAAGUGAGCGAUAGGUGGCGCGUUUGCAAAUCGCAGUGAACUUCAUUUCGUUGUGAUAGACUCGCGACGAGCCGAGUUGUAGAAAAAGAGAGACAAGUGUUGUAAGAGUGUUUUGAAUAUUUGAUCCUUCCCCGUAGGCGUUGAUGAUAUCGAUAGCGUAUAAUCAUACCCGUUCAGUUCCUUUACUACGAAUCCAGUUUAGGCAUGUUUGUUGAGUGACGUAAUCAAAGUACAAAUACCGCAUAUCAACGAAUAUUUUUCUUACACGAGACAUCGAAUGUGAAAAUCAAAUAUUAAGCGAUAAGGCUAAACGGAAGUAAAAAACGACAAUUCUUCACUAAUCUGGGUGUUUACACGUCCGCGUAAUUCAAAGUGUGAAUCCGAAAUUGGCAUCUUGGCACUGUGUCGUUUGUCAAUUGUUUCUCAUUUACCCACCUGUAAAAUAUUAACAUAGAAGAUUGAAAAAUGGCUACAGACUGCGGCGAAGGCGAUUACCUCGGUGCGUAUCGUCGGUUUUUCGAACAUUUUGUCGCCCAGGUCGACCCCGAAGACCAACUACCUGUAAAAGUCAGCUCGUACGAUCUCACGGAAGCUGAGAUCAGCGGGGAAAUAAUCGACUGGACGCUACAGUAUCUCAAUCAAAAGUAUUGUCCACCUAGUCUACAAUCAUACCUGGUCCGAUUGGUAUUGGAGGAAGUGAAGCGGAUUUGCAGUAAACAGUCAGAGGCAUGCGGCUGGCGAUUUCAGGAUAACACUUUCGCACCACUUAGACUGAUGCAGGUUGUGAUCGGUAAGGUCAAUGAGAUCUGCCUACGUUAUUUGGAAAACAGUAGGUUAGCGUUACUACCACCUCCUCCGUCCACCCCAAUUCCAUUGGUCUCGAGAUGCGCGAUCAAAAAUAGCAGGCGGAAAAUGGAAGAUCGUCACGUGGUCAUACACGACUUGCACACCAUAUUCAGUAUUCAGGAUGAUUCUCCAGGACACUACUAUGCGGUCUUUGACGGGCACGCCGGGCAAGAUGCAGCGGUAUAUUGUGCAGCUCAUCUUCAUCAAUAUUUAGCGGAGAGUAAUCAUUAUCCCACAGAUCCUGAACGUGCCUUGCGAGAUGCUUUCCUUACCACAGAUGCACAUUUUAUUGAAAAAUCAAAUAAACAGAAUCUCAACAGUGGGACAACGGCAGUCUGUGCUCUACUGUCAAAAAGAAAGCUCUAUAUCGCUUGGGUGGGUGAUUCUCAAGCCGUGCUUGCUAAACGAGGCCAAAUAACUCAACUUGUAAAUCCUCAUAAACCUGACAGAGAUGACGAACGGGAGCGUGUAAACGAUAUGGGAGGAGCAGUCAUCCAUUGGGGAAUAUGGCGGGUAAAUGGACAGCUUGCAGUUUCAAGAGCUAUAGGUGAUGUACAAUACAAGCCGUACGUGACAGGGGAUCCGGAUAUAAGAUGUAUUCCCCUGGACGGGACAGAAGACUUCUUAAUCGUUGCGUGCGACGGUCUCUGGGAUUACGUCAGCGAGGCCAUGGCUACAACCCUCGUGUACCAACAACUGCGAGACGAUCCUCGUGACCUUGAAGUCGUGAGCCAACGUCUGGUGUACUUUGCAAGGAGCCAGGGUUCGACCGACAACAUAUCAACGAUCGUCGUAUUUCUGACAGAUCCUUGUCAGAUCGCGGCACGACAUCCCUCAUCUCAUCCGCUGCUCGCGGAUGUCCAGCUGAACAACAUGGAGUCGACGAAUCCUUUCCUGAGCAACGCCAACGGGCUGCAGUUUGACGAGAAUCCGUUCGGCAAGCAGCACCAACAACAGACCAACGGCACCUGUGCCGAUAACGAUGAAAACCUUCGUUAUGACGGACAUUUCGACGCGCCGAGUAACGGGAAACAUCCAAAUUGCCCGGCCGAGUACGAAAGGAACGCUCACGGUACACGGAACAAUGAACAGGACGACGACGACGAGGAUGACCUUGGUCCCGAAACCGACGUCGACGCUGUAGACGAUGGUCUUGUGCUAAUCGGACCUAACGAGAACAUCUCGCGCAAGCUUUUCCCCGAAGGAAAGCAUCGCGAUGACCAGGAGCUAUUUGAACAUAAAGAAGCUCUCGUACUCCAGAGCGAAUCGGUUGUUUCGCACCUGUCUGCAGAACCUGAUCAGCAUGCAGUAAUACCUGAAGCAGAUAAUGUAGCAGAUAGCGAGGACUCUGAGGACGAGUGGAACUAUUAUCCGAACAAGGAAAAGGAGCGAACUACGCCUGCAGAGGUGGUCGACCACAAAAACGACAAGGCGACAACCAGCGUCAAGCCUACGAACGAAGCAGUUGAUUGUCCAAACGAAACUCAAUUGCCAGAAGCUGUGGACUUUGGCAAAGACGAUUUACAGGAUCACCACAAGGAAAUAAAUAAGUCAGAGCAAAUUGAUUCUGAUAUUUGUGCCAAACAAAAACUACAAGUGGAAUUCGCAACCAGCGAAGCAGGUCAAGAAGAUAUGGAUUUCCAAUUAAAUCCAAACGCAGCGGAAUUCGUCCCGGUUUCUCCGCCAACAAUGCUAUCAACCAGGACAGGCUUGACCAAUGAUUUCCUUCUGUCAGGGUCACCCCAAAAGCAGACCCCUGAAAUGGAUGAUAUACCAGUACCCAGUCAAGGAGAGUUUCAGAUUGAAGUGUCCCUCCGCCCCCAUGAAACCGAAAAUUCGAACGAAGAGUCGACCAAGAAUUUGCUGCAGCCUGAAUUCACAGAUUACUUAACGGAUCCGCAGAAAACCGGGAACCGAACGCCCCAUGGCUUAGAUGAGUCUGCAAUAUCAUCCACGAGAGCUGAAUUCGGCGACGAAUCAACGACUAGCUUCAUGACAACAACGGAUUUCCAAAGAACUGGAAUAUCUAUCACAGACGACUCGUUUGCAGGUUCUGAACGCGGAGAUUAUGACAUUUCCAAAGAUCCUAUGGCAAUGUCCUUUACACCAGGCGAUUUCCAAGCCGCAUUUGACCAGGGCUGUGACUUGAACAUCGUACACCAGCUUAACGACUCGGACCUAAUGGGUGAUGGGGACGAGGAAAACACAGGAGAUAUAAACAAUGACGGUCUCACUGCUCAGUCACCCGAACUUCAUCCAGAGCUCACAACUCUUGUCACCCCUGGCUCCGAUCACCCUCCACCGACAGUCGCUUUCCCGGAUAGUAGAAACGAACCAAUGCUCGAUCUGUUGGGCGAAAAGAUCGAGAAAAAUGACGACCUGCCUGGAACGGAAAUAUCCAAUCCAUGUUCCCCAGAACCAUUGAUAGCAAAUGAGACUAGCCUGAUGUCUGGAAUGGUGGAGUUGAUUCCAUCCUUCAGUACAGCCUCCGGUAACGUUGUCAACACACCGUCACCACAAAAUUAUUCAGGAGACACAGGGUAUCAUGCUGUAGACUCUUUCUCAACGCUGGAUAGUGGCAUCACUCCAGAACCAGCGCCGCGUGUUUUCUGUACAGAACUCGGUGAAGCGGAAGUUCUCGGUAAAUCGACGCAGAUUGAUAUUGAAACUAACAUUUCCCCAGUUCCCAAAAUUCUCACGUCAGCCUCGCCGGGCAUGGAAACCACUAGCCACCUCGAGAUCUCAACCUGCCCGAAGCCCGCCAUUUCAUCGUCACCGAAUUCACCAAUGCCUGCGACUGAAGGUGACACGACUUUACCAGUUCGGAAUGAAGUUACGGACGUUUCUGAAUAUGUUUCAUUCACAAAAACCGAAAACAAAGACUCCCGAUUAUCACCACCACCCACGAGCGAACCUCCGGUUGAGGAAGGGGAUGCAUUUGCAUCGCGAAAAGAAGAGUCGCAUUCAGAUCUUGAUGCUGACGAAAGAAAAGUUUCAACGCCGUUUGAAGGUAUUCCUAUCACACCACCCGUGGCUCCGAAUGAAUCAUGCCUCAAUGAAGAGGUGAAUACUUCGCCUGAUGAGCAUUUCAAGCUUAUGCUGGAUGAAACGUCAACCCAAGAAUCACCAAAUACUGACAUUGAAAAGCAGAAAAUUCUUGAAGAACUUUAUUCUGAAAUUCCUAAGCAAGAGGUCAUGCACGAAUCACAGUUUCACAACAAGUCGACCGAGGAUUUGGCGCAAAACAAAAUUCUGCUUAAUUUCACACAUUCUCCGCUUAGCAAAGAUAGCAUUGCGCCGGAAGCAUUGAUGUCAGAGCCGAUUGCACAGCAAGAGAUUACAUCAGCAUUGUCUUCUGAGCCGGAAGUUACAGAAGAUAGAGCUCUAGAACUAAGAGACGAAAUGCGGACAGAAAAUAACACCAGUACAGAGGUGGAAUUGCAUAAGGAAAUCGUACUGGAUAAGGAAACUACUGUUCCUGAAAGAGAAGUGUCCGAAGGGGACCCAAAAACUCUGGAGAACGCUAUCAACAAAGAACCAAAAAUUGACACACCAGUUAUGAACCUAUCCGAAUCCAUGCAGGAAUUCACUGGCUUGGAAAAACAAUUGAAUCCUGAACUACAUACUGUUCGUCCAUCAAACGGAAUAAUUGUGGAACCCGAAGUGAAAACCGAAUCUCAAAGCCUGGCCCCUGAAGCUGUUGAAAAUUCAGUUGAGAAGAGCACUGUAGUGAAAUACGAUGAUUCUAGGGAACUAGAAGAAAGCGAGACGGUGGCAAAAAUUCGAGAAGAUGAAAAGAAUGACAAUGCAGUGUCAAAGACUGAUGAGUUGUUGCCUCGUGCACCUCUGUCCCCAACUGUGGCCGCGUCUGUUGCCGUUGCAGCAGCAGCCACUGCAGCAACAGUUACAGCAUCACCUACUACAAAAACAGCAAAGGUGAAACCUGCGGCCAAAACAGGAUCCAGAACUACGACGGCGGCGAAACUCACAAACAAAUCAACACCAACAUCUCCAACAAAAAGUGUUGGUGCAGCUCAGCGAGUGAUUGGAGCUUCAGCACCAAAAAAAGCAGUUACCGGUAGCACUAUAUCUCGUCCCAAACAUCUGGAGACUGCCAAAACGUCUGUCACUGGCACUAUUAAUAAAUCUCCAGCGGCAAAAGCUCCUGUGAAAGUGGCUUCUCUGACCAAGACGUCAACAACUCGCACCAGUGUAUCCUUAACAGCAGCACCCAGGUCGAAACCAUCCAGCACUACUUCUAAACCUACUCCAAUUUCCAGUGACAAGAAAUCUACAGCCAACGGUGAUGUGAGAACUUCCAGCAAGUCAGCUCUUUCUAAGCCGGCAACCCGUUCUUCGACAGGUAUGUCAACCACUGUCUCCAAGACUACGAUGAAGCCGUCAGCAACAGCUCGUCCAACUUCUGCUACAUCUACUACAACAACAGCAAAACCGAGGUCUGUUUCCGCUACAACUACGUCUGCAAAACCUAAGCCAACAAGCACCUCUGUAUCUUCACCUCGUCCAAAGACCGCUACAACUAUCGGCGCGACUGGACUUGUAGCAAAACCAAAAUCUGCUAUGCCAAAAUCGCCAGCAGCUGACAAGCAGGCAAAAGAGACAACGAAUAAACAAUUGUCCUCAGCACGCGCAAAUGCAUCAACGCUAAGCAGAACUGGACGUUCUUCGGUAACGGGUACGAGCACCAGUUCAACCACUGCUAAGCGAAACUUGACGAGUAAAAAUGCUGCUCCAGCUACCACACCGCCGCAAAAAAAACCAGCGCCCAUAACGAGACCAGGGGGAAAAUUGUCAGCGGUAAAAAAUUCUACGACAAAGACAACGAUAACGACUUCAAUUGAGGCCGAACACGUCCAGAACGGAAUUACUGAAGUGCACGAGCAGAAGACGAUAAUAUCAACUAGUACUAUCGAAGAAGACGUACCGCAAAAGGAUGCAUCUCUGGUCACAUCAUCGACUGAUAAUCAACUGAUCAUGACUGCUGACUGAAUACGACUUGGAUCGUCGGAGUAUUACAACAAGGACCAUUACGCACAAGUGCGCAUACUUAAUUUCGGAAUAGCUUGCGCCGAUAGUAUACGCCGCGCUACUGUAGUUUUCUUAUGAAUUCGAAAAGUGAAUUGAAAAACCACAAUGCAUUCACAGUAGUAGAUAGGAAAGUAAAGAGUAAAAAUUUAUACUAUAAUGUUUACGUAAUGGUAAGAAUUAAAGUAAAAAAAAAAAAAAAAUGACAAAAAAAACGAAAAACGGAAAAAAUAUCUAUCAAUUCAUAAUUAAGAAA